GAACUUUGCUUCGCUUCAGUCCUCUUUGUUCUUUCUUCCUACGAUUACUGACUCUACCCGUGACGGUGCUCGAGCUCCUCCCAACCAACCUGUCGUUGCUCCCAAAGCCGACGCCCCCCCCGCCAGUUGGACACACUCCGAUUAAAAAGAAAGCUGCUGGUCACGGAACGUUUGCUGUCAAAAACCCCGCGAUGAUAUACAGGCGUCUUGAGCUCGCUGAAGAGACGCGUGGCAUGGCCCAGGACCCGAUGCCAGCUCGCGACUUUAUGAACGAGUUGAACGAGUUCUUGCCAUGGAACGAAACCACUCCGAUGCAAUUCAGAAAGUUCCAGCCCACCAAAGAACGACUCAAGAAAUUGACAGACAUGGCUACUGCUUCUGAAGCUAAAACCUAUGAAUUAUUUGUAUCAUUCUCCGGUUGGCCUUUUGAUCUGAAACCUGAAGACCGACGUCCGAGAUAUCCACAUUGUGUUCUUCAGUGGAAUGACAGCUAUGCCACCCCGGAUAAGUUCUGUGAUUUGCUCUCGGUGGACGUCAAUGCCGUUGAUGUCAGUCGGCCGACUGUCAGGCGGUGCGACGUACGCAAGCUCGAUUUCGCUAACGUCGAGACUCACACCGAAAUGAAGCCCAAGGUGUGGGAUGAUCCCUACUGUGACGGAGAUGCCGUAUCGGACGGCGAAGAAGACGACUACGAAGACAUUGAACAAUACGAGGGGAAUGAUGCGGAGGAAGAACAAGCUGGUGACACCGAACCCUUGCCUGAUGAGGACUAUCCUUUCGAUAACAACACCCUUCGUGGGCAACGUACUCACGGUCAGAUCUGUGCUUACGCCGGGGCAACGAUGACCAUGCAAUUCUGGACUCAUCUGUUCACAGUCCUCAUCUUCAGUUCCUAUGGCCAGCUGCUUUGGUGGGACCACUCCUCUGUAAUCGCCAGCCGUCGAUUCAAUGACGCUGAACAUCCACUUAUUCUGUUCAGAUUCUACAAACGCUUCGCCCAGCUUACCCUCGCACAACGCGGCCGUGAUCGUAGAAUAUCUAUCCCCACGAAGGUCCAAGGCCGCAGUGCAAGGGCUGCAUUCAAGCGAUAUGCCCCUGGAUGCUGGCGAGGCAAGGCGUUGGACGAGGUUAGAGAGGAGAUGAGCGUGAAUCAGCUUGCUCUUGUGCGAUUAACGGUGGGUUCAGGGUCCAGUCAACGAGUUUUCAUCAUUGGCGCACCAAGUUGGCAUCAAGGCGGAUAUUCUCCUUUCGGAAGAGCUACCCGGCAUGGUAUGGCUUAUUGCGUGCGCAAGAGCCAGACGCUGUUUUAUAAGGAUUAUUGGAGGGAGGACGCGCCGCACACUAUACCAGAGUCUGAAGUCUAUCAACUCCUUGCGAAACAUGAAAUUCCGCAUGUCGCUGAAAUGAAACUUGGUGGUGACAGUGGUUUCGAGACUAUGGGUCAUAGCUACGGGUCGAAGGUCUGGGCACGCGCGCACCACCGGAUUCGACAUCUUAUCGGGCAUCUCAUUGUCCUCGUUACUAAAGGUCGCCCGUUGGAAUCGUCCGAAACUGCAAAGCAGCUCGUCUCCUGUCUCGCGGACGCCAUGGAAGCGCACCAAAAAGCUUAUGAGCUCGCAGGGAUUCUACACUGGGAUAUCAGCGUUGGGAACAUCAUGAUGACUCUGAAUCGGGAAGAUAGACGAGGGAUUUUGAUUGAUUGGGACCACUGUGUCCUGGUUAGUCAUGGCACCUGGCAAUUCAUUUCAGCACAUCUGCUUGACAAUCCAAACGCGGAACACACAGUCGUUGACGAUCGAGAAUCGGCUCUCUACGUCCUUGUCUGGGUGGCCUUGCGGAACCUUCGACACAGUUUACCUCCCGAACUUCUCAAAGAUACAUUGUCCAUCUUCGACAUGUAUGUAGCCCUACCUCAGCAGCGCGAUGUAGGGGGCAGACACAAACGCAACGCUUUGAUAUCGGACACCUUCAGCGGCGAUAUCGGGCUGAAGGUCCCUGGUCUCGAAGAUUGUUUGACAGAAUUGUGCGAAACUUUUGCUUUUCGGUAUAAAAAAACUGCAGCUGCCACCGAACGCGCCUUGCAACAAAAGAAACUUGCACAGUUGGAAAAACCUUGUUUGUUCUAUGAGACCUUGAGGGCCUUCGCCGAGGAUAUCGAGGAACCCUCUGGAAAAGAAAUCGACUGGUGCGACAACGUAAAAUUGAUACGGGAAGCCGGGCGCACUGGGCGACAGAAACGGGGCCUGUCAGAGAAGCAUGAAUCCCAAUCGAAGCAUUUCAGGGGCUACGACGGCACUGCAACGCCUGCGGUCUCGCUUGACAAUAAUGGAUAAGGACUGAUUGAUUUUUUUCAGUUGUAUUUUUCACCUUUCAUCCGGUUUUAUCUACGGUCUUUCAGUAUGUAACUACUCUAGCCUUUGGAAUUAU